AUGUCGCAAAAACCGCGAAAGCUCCAGCGCGUCUCCAAAGCCUGCGACUUCUGCAAUCGGCGCAGCAUCAAAUGCAGCCGAAGCGAUGAUCAGCUAGGCCGGUGCCAGAAUUGCGCCGAUUUCGAUGUCGCAUGUACCUUUGAUCGCCCGGCCAAGCGCCGCGGCGUCAAGGCUGGCACCAGGGUGAAUGCGCGGGAGUCAUCAUCAGCGAGAGCCAUGUCAGGGAAUGUCCCCACCGCUACUCAAGUACUAGCUCCUGAAAGAGCCUCAGGGUCGUCGGCUUCGAGAAGCUCGGCUUACCCAGAUUCGGGCCCGCGCCCGUCAUUGACUGGGGACCCCUGGUCCUCUUUCAACACGGGAUGGUCAACGGCGGAGGGGUACGAUGAUGACGGCGCGUUGCGAAACUCGUGGAAGGCAUUUGCUAUUGCCAGUGAUAGGUCGAUUCGAAACCUCGUCCAGGUCUAUUUCGAGAUUGUCUAUCCCAUCUUCCCAUUGUUCCACAAGCAGUCGUUCAUCGAGAGCAUCAACAAUAAGGAACAUCUCACAAAUCAGGGACUUUUUGCAUCAACGAUGGCUGUCUGUUCAUUAGUAUCAGGCCGCGCGCGCGAUGGUGCCUUAUACAGCAAUAGAUGGCACCGAGAAGAGCUGCUGGAGCCGCCUUCUGAAGCAUUCUAUGCGGCAGCUAAAGACGCUUUGCCUCGUGACCUCGCAGCCGCGAAGGGCAUGAACUAUAUGCGAGCAUGUGCCAUUCUGGCUAUUGCUAGUAUUCAAAAUGGCCAUAUCAAAAACAUGCAAAAAUAUUCUGGCAUGUACCAUACACUCACCACCAUGGAGGGGCUUCACGACGAGAAGCUUUGGCCUAAGGACAUAAGCCCCGUUGAGGUCGAAGAACGUCGGAGACUGUUCUGGUCUAUAUACACCUUGGACAUAUACUCGACCAUUGUAUGGGGCGGUGUCAUUCGAUACCGUGAAGCACAUUCUCUCGUUCGAUACCCCAUUGAACUGAAUGACGAGUUCAUCACACAUCGAGGCUACAGCAUACCACCUGUAUCCCCGGCAUCGAGUACGCCGAGUCAUGUCGACGCGACAGGCGUCGCACGAGCUCCUGUAUCAUGGCUCCAUGGCUGGAACUUCACCACUGAUCUAUACCGAAUUCUUGAGCACGUUGUCGAUGGUACUCGGCGUCGUUUCUCAUCGGCCAACGGAACUCAAGAGGUGUGGUCUCUCUUCAGUCCCGCGUCCAUGUCCGAACCAGCCGUCAUGGAACGAGUUCUCUCAAUGUACUCGGCCCUGCCUCCUCAGUUCCGCGAGACACCACCAACCACUGGUGAUAUCGCCACGCUGCAGCUUCUUCGCAUGGUGCUCUUGUCAGCCGAGGAAAUUGGUUUGGACCGGAAAUGCGAUGUGGCUGGUGAACUUCUCAGGGUCUUUUCGAAUGUUCCUGUCGAGUAUUUGAAAGCUAUCAGCUCACCUCUGCUCCACCAUCUUGGAGGCAUCGGCUAUAUUCUCGGUUCGGUCAUGGAGGGGAGCCUAUCAGACGCCUCUUACCAGCGAGUUCGCACCUUACUCCUUGAAAUGGCCGAUUUGCUACAUCGUCUUGAAACUGGUCUCCAUCGCGCAGCAGGUGCCAGUGAACGUCUUCGGUCACAGGUUGAUCGCAUUGAUGGAUACAUGCGCAACUCCCGUCUUGUCAAUCUUCCAGUUGCCCCUCCGCCACCCAACGGCAGCGCCAGUUUGAUGGGUAUCAAGCCGGAGCCGACAAGUCUUCCUGCUCCAUAUGCUCCCAGUGGUACUGCUCCUCCCGUGGGAGCAACCUCAGGUAUUGGAGACCAGAUGCUACAGUUUCAACUACCGCCCGAACUUCUGUCCGAUUGGCCGUGGCCCUUGGAUAAUUCCCACUCGGAGGGCUUCUUGCCGUUGGCCUUUGAAUGA